UGCGCUUCACCGCGGCUUUUGGCGCCCCUCGCUUCGUUUUUAAAUCCCACAGUCUCCCCAACUCCCCGCUCUCUCCCUCACUAGUUGCGUACUGGGAACUUUCCACAACCACUCGACGCCGCAAUGGGAGGGCCGACGAGAACCACGCGGGGGCGACAUCAGCAACAGCCCCCGCAGCUACCACAGCCAAGUUCUGGUACUACAAUAUUUGACGAGUCCAUUGGCGAUCUCCUCAGUGAUGGGAUCGGUUACGCCACGCCCCAAAAGACCGAGACCGUAUCUCCUCGUACGGAGCGCUCGCGGCUGAGCCAGUCUUCAGAACCGCUGGCCAUUCGGCAGCCCACUAAUGGCGAUGGAUGCGACAAUUCCCCCGCGACGCUGUGUAGCGAGUCCGAUAUUCUCGGCACACAUAUGAAGGAGGUUAUCUCAGUCAUCAGUCGCUUAGAGGGUCUAGGCCUGCAGCAGCAGUCUAUUCCGUUGCCAAAAUGCGUGGUCUUGGGAGAACAGUCGUCAGGCAAGUCGUCUGUGAUCGAAGCCAUCUCUGGCGUUCGCACCCCUCGCGCCGGCGGCACUUGCACACGUUGCCCCCUUUUCAUCAAGCUGGAGUGUGCCGGCGACCCACAAGCGGGUUGGCAUGCUCGAGUUACCUUGCGACUGAGCUAUGUAUACAAAGGCGUGGCUCGAAGUGCGAAGUUUCCGGGGUGGGAACCGAAUAUCAAUGUUGCAGAAGUACCAUUUGCCGCGUGUGACUCUCCAGAAGAACUCGAAGAGGUCAUUAGACGAGCUCAAUCAGCUCUCGUGCACCCGUUGGAGGAUGCGUCGAUGUUCGCCCAGGGUCGAAGGCCCCCCUUUGACCCCGAGCAGACUACUAAAGUCAAUUUUAGCCCGAACAUUGUGUGCAUACACUUGUCGGCUCCAACAUUACCCAAUCUAUCGUUCUACGAUCUGCCAGGCAUCAUCAGUCAGUCAGAAUACCCGGACGAUGUCAAACUUGUCAAGCAACUCGUGCAAGGUUUUGUUGAAGACCGAGAUGCAAUCGUCUUAGUGGCUUGCUCUUUGGCUGCGGACAUAGCCACAUCUAUUGCCUCUGGGUAUGCACGUACCAGGUGGGGUGCUGGAGAGCGGUGCAUAGGUGUGCUCACAAAACCUGAUCUCCUCCCAGCAGGAAGCUCGUAUGAGCCGCUACAGAAGGUGUUGAGCAACGCCGAGCUUAAGUUCGGCCACGGAUACUUCGUUGUCAAGAAUCCCGACCAAGUCGCUCUCAACAAUCGGCUCACCCACCACGAAGCACGACUGCACGAACAGUGCUUUUUCACAACCCAAGAACCGUGGUGCACCAGUCUACAGUCCCACAGUGGACGUUUUGGCACUGCCAAUCUGCAACAGUUCCUCUCUGAGAAGCUGGCUGGUCAGAUGGUGAAGGCGCUUCCAGGGAUCUACGAGCAGGUUCAGCUACGCCUGGAUGACGUCGAGGCAAAGCUGAAGCUGAUACCCGAGCCACCACCAAACUAUGGAGCUACGAGAAUCAUCAUGGAUCUGAUCAACGCGUUCUCAUGGCACGUUCAGAAAGAAGUGGAGGGGGCCUAUCCUUGCAAAGAGUGGAGAAGCUGUUGGAAAACCUUGCGUGAGGCGUUUCUCGAAGGUCUUGACGCAAUGAGACCGACUAUGGUGAGGCGCGGUCAGCAGGAUUUUGGCCUUUACACCCCCACGCUUGCAGGCAGAUCAUCCGAUGAUCCUCUUUAUCUGUCGGAUGGAGAUGAAGAUGAAUAUAUGAGAGAUAGUGUACUCCCGGAAACACCGCCAAACAAGCGCAAGCUCGACACACCCACGCCCACUUCAAACAAAAAGAGUCGCUUCUCCGUGCCCCCGAUCCCUACUCCCGCAAAGACACGGCCGGUUCAUGGCGUCGACUACAAUGACAAGCGCAAGGUAUUCCAGCUUGACGAGGUUUGUGAGCACUUGAGUGCCAAUUCACAGUCCAAAAUACCCGGCCACAUCGAACCGAAAGUGGUGGACGAUCUAGUUAAGCAGAGUAUUGCUCAUUGGAGUGUUCCCAUGAGCAAACUCUUUGUUGACCUAGAAAACCGUCUCAAGACCUUCUUCCGCAUGAGCUUCGAGCAACACUUCCAGCCGCGAAGAGAAACACGACUCUACAUCGAGGCCUGGCGAAUUGUGGAGAGCAUUUUGGACACCAGUCUGGUGGAACAGCGGACAAUGGCCGGCGACGCUUUCAACGAUGAGAUUGAAGGCCCAUACACGUUUCACAAGGCCAUCUUUAACGGUGAGAAGAACUCCAUGUGUGAGAAGUAUCGCAACGCGCGUUUCGACACUCGCCUUAAGGUUUACAUGGAGGAGAUGGCAAAGGUCGUUGGUCCAGACAAAGUACCCAGCAAGGAAAAGAUUCUCAAGAACGAGAGUCUCUGCAGUCGACUCAAAGAGGAGCCGUACGAGGUCGAGGUCGAUGUCGUAGCCCAGAUCACCAGCUACUAUGUACUCGCAGUUCGUCGUUUCCACGACUCCGUCUGCAUGCGAGUCGAGUCAAAGCUCUUCACACGCCUGCGAUCCAGAUUGCGCGACGAGAUGGAGGAGACUCUGGGCAUACAUGACGAGAACGGCACUCGCAAGGCCAUGGAGCUUCUCGCAGAGCCAUCACAACACGCGGCGCGACGCAAGGAGCUUUUGGCGAUGAGGGAUGCGCUUGUUCAAGGACGGCGCGAACUCGAUGCCUUGUACGAGAAACACGGGAACAAGAUCGCUGCUUCCCAAGGCUCACACGGCUACGCGGCGCCCCUCUUUAAUUCGUCGGCUUCAUUCGGUCCUACCUCCACCCCUCUCACGGACGAGAUGCAGGAUAUCACGCAAAGCGGUCGUCGCCCUUAGCUGUCGUUCAGUGAACCACUCGCUUCCGCGUCGCUGCUUUCUCUACAUCUGGUCUCAUAUCAUCGUUCAGCAUUCGAGGCGCGGAUAAGUGGUCUUUACAGCGACCCCGAGAAUCACUACGCGGGAGCUACAGAGCUUCCGAGCACUUUU